AAAAAAUAUAUUUCAAGCAAGAUUUGCAUCUAUAGUGUAAUCAAAUAACACCAAAUUUCAUCAAGACUUUAUAACAAGUUUCGACAACUAAAAACUGAGCAAAAUAACAAAAGUUCAAAAACCUAAAACCCCUUUUUAAACUCAAGGAUCUACACCUGCCAAUAUGAUGUGUUGUUUGUGUUGAUUUUCUAGUUUUUGGUGUGCAACCACAAACGUAUGAAAUGAAGAUGGGAAACCAAAAAUAAAAAAAAAAAAAAAUAUACAAAAAUAUGCAAAACUUUUACAUGCAACAUUAAUUGCAAACCAACCCCAUUUCAGUUGUUGUGGAGUAACAGCAACAGAGGCAUUAAAAAUUUCAAAGAAAUUUUUUUUAUCAACAAAACAAAAUAAAGUUUUUAAAUACUCAGAAAAUAAACACCUAUAUUUCCCUAACUUAAAUGUAGAGUUAAACAAAAAAAGAAAGGAAAACUUUGGAACACACGAUUUCUUGCAACAUUACAAACAUUUCUUGAACUUUUGAGCAAAGAAAAGAAAAUUUUCUUUAUAGAGAGAUUAUGCCAGUGGCAAGUUAUAGACCUCAAUAUGCUGAGAAUACAUUGUUGCAAUUACAAAUGGAAACUAAAGCAACAGCCAGAACAGGGGUCAUUGCACAAGCCAAUUUAACUACAAUUGACAUACACAAAUUCUAUAAUCAAGGUAGUGAUAAGGGUGUUGCAGCAUCAACAAACUGUAAACAAGAAAACUAUAGUACUGCUUUAAAUAUUACUAUAAAUGACAUUUGUGGACAAGCCAAAACUUGCAAGGACAAGGACAACUGUGAGGAUGCUAGAGAAGGUGCCAGAGAAGAAAUAAAUAUUUGCAUAAAACCAAGAAAUUGCAAUAAACAAAUUCGAACAACUAAAACAACCACAACUACAAAUUUAAAUAGCAAAUGCCAGGGAUUUCCUAAUAACAUUGGCAACAUUAGCAGUAGCAAUAAUGAUUACAAGCAAACUAAAAACAGCACAUGCAGCAAUAGCAACAGCUACACUAAUAAUAAUAAUAAUAAAUUCUUAAACAGUAUUAUUAGCAUUUUACAUUGUAAACAAUUUAAAGCCACACAACAGGAGCAGCAGUUGCAGCAGCAACUUUAUUAUAAACAUCUUUAUCUAACAACAGACACAACAUGUCUUUCUCAAUGUUCUCAGCCACAACAUCCAACUUCGUUUACUCUCCCACACAAAUCCCUCUUAAGUUAUACUUAUAAAAUGACCACAUUUUCCCAAGAUCUCGUUUACUUUUUCUACACUCUACUCCUACUUUUAACCACCCAUAUAUCCCUAGCAGAGGCCAGUUGCCGCUACGAACCGAGUCGUUCGUGUGAGGCAAUAUGUCGUCCCAUCUGGUCGUCACCGGAUAACAAUAAUUAUCAAUCAACUGUAUCAGCUACAAAUAAUGUGACAUUGGAAAACUUUUUUGCCGCCGAUUACAAUUGCACAAUACGUGCUCUAGUCCUCAUGCCCGACGACGACAGAUACGUGGCAUCAUUGAAACGUGUCGUGCCCAUCCUACAAGUGGCCGAGCAGCGUAUACAUGCCAGUGGUCUGUUGCCAUCAUACAUACAGUUUGAUUGGAUGCCGCAGGAUGAUAAAUGUGAUGCAGCUUUUGCGGCCGUUAAGGCCAUGGAUGGUAUUGUAAAGAACUGUUCUCAUGUGUUUUUUGGGCCAGUGUGCGACUAUUCUUUGGCUGCUGUUGGCCGCAUUGCCAAGUACUUCAAUAGCAAUGGCACGCCCCUAAUAUCGGUGGGUGGUUCCACAUUUGAUUUUGAGAAACCCAAAACCAAAUGUUCGGAUGAAUUCUAUAUGCUGCUGCGUACGGGUAUGUUAAGUUUUGAAUCGAUUUCAGGACUAACAAUAUCGGUAAUGAAAAGACACAAAUGGUCACGUUCCAUUUUCUUUUAUGACGCUGAUGGCCAACGUAAUGUGGCCGGUCAACACACUUGUUACCUGAUGAUGACCAGCCUGGGCAAACAAAUGCGUAAUGAGAACAUGACUUUUGCUCAAUAUCGCAUAACGGAAAAACUCAAGAAUCGCACCGAAGAAAUGAGACGUGAAAUUGGUAACAAGAAUUCUGUUGUCAUUAUGUGUGCCGAUCCCCAGUCGAUACGGCAAAUUAUGCUGACAGCCGAAGAGUUAAAUAUGAUUGACAGUGGUGAAUAUGUGUUCAUCAAUAUUGAGUUGUUUUCAAGAGUCCCUCAUUUAACCUCCCAACCCUGGUAUGAUAAAAACGAUACCAAUGAGAACAAUUUGAGGGCACGUAAAGCCUACACCGCCAUGUUGACGGUAACACCGAAACAACCAAAUGAUGAUGAAUAUACCAGAGUAUCAAAUGAGAUUAAGGCCAUUGCUGCUGCCAAAUACAAUUAUUCAUUUCAAGAUGAUGAACCGAUUUCGGCAUUUGUCACCUCGUUCUUUGAUGGUGUUCUUCUGUAUGCGAAUGCCUUAAAUGACAGCAUAAGAGAAGAUCCCUCGGUUCUAACAAGGCCCAUAAAUGGCACCGAUAUGGUUAGACGCAUGUGGAAUCGCAGUUUUAUGGGUAUUACUGGCAAUGUGACCAUAGAUGCUAAUGGUGAUAGAAUUUCUGCUUACUCGUUGCUGGAUAUGAAUCCUACAACUGGAAGAUUUGAGAUAGUGGCUCAUUUUCAGCACAAUAAAUUGGAAUAUGUGCCGGGCAAGGUAAUACAUUGGGCUGGUGAUAGGCUGGAGCCACCGCUAGAUAGACCGGAGUGCGGCUAUGAUGGUUCUUUAUGUCCGGAUAAUUCUCUCCCCGGCUAUGCCAUACUCUCCAUAGUCCUGGGCGCUGUGGUGGUCAUUAUGAGCAUUUGUUUCUUUUUCGGCUAUCGCCACUAUAAAUCGGAAGCCGAAAUCAACUCUAUGGCUUGGCGUGUUUCCAUCGAUGAUGUUAUGUUUCACAAUUCGGCUGGCCGAUGUUUUCGUGGUUCUUUACAUUCCUUGGUCAAACACAGCUCACAAAUGACUCUCAUGUCCGAUGACAUGGGCUCGCUAAGCGGUGAUCGUCAAAUCUUUAUACCCGUUGGUAUAUUUAGAGGCUGCAAGGCAGCUGUUAAAAUCAUCGAUGAGCGCAAUAUAAAUCUAACGCGCUCCUUGAUGUUGGAACUGAAACGCAUGAAGGAUCUGCAGCAUGAGCAUUUGGUGAAAUUUUAUGGUGCCUGUUUGGAUCCGGCCAAGAGUUUCAUUCUAACGGAGUACUGUCCGAAGGGUUCGUUGCAGGAUAUUUUGGAGAAUGAUCAAUUCCAGCUGGACUGGAUGUUUAAGUUAUCGCUAAUGCAUGAUAUUGUAAGGGGCAUGCAUUUUUUACACACUUCCGAUAUUAAGUCGCAUGGCAAUUUGAAGUCUUCGAAUUGUGUGGUGGACUCAAGAUUUGUUUUAAAAAUCUGUGAUUUUGGUUUGCAUACGUUAAGGAAGACGAACGAUGAUAAGGGCAGUGAUAUAGAGAAUUGUAAUAGUUACGCACAUUGGAGUAAACUAUUAUGGUCAGCACCGGAACUCUUAAAAAUGGAAGGUAAUCGUCCACCUGAGGGCACACAAAAAGGUGAUGUCUAUUCAUUUGGAAUAAUUGUACAUGAAAUAACAACUAGACAAGGACCCUUUUACUUGGGUAAAUUGGAAGAGGAGAAAGCGCCACAAGAAAUUAUUUAUUUGGUCAAAGGUUACCCGCAUGUAGUUCAAUAUCCUUUUCGGCCGCAACUUGUGGAUAUACCAAAUAAUUAUAAGGAAAUAAAUACGGUUAUGCAAAAAUGCUGGUCAGAGGAUCCCGUUGAAAGGCCAGAUUUUAAUGCUUUAAAGACAAUUAUAAGGAAUAUAAAUAAAGACAACGAAACUGGCAAUAUUGUGGACAAUCUACUCAAGCGCAUGGAACAGUAUGCCAAUAAUCUGGAAGAAUUGGUGGAAGAACGCACCCAAGACUACAUAGAAGAAAAGAAGAAAUGUGAAAAACUACUUUAUCAAUUGUUGCCGCAAAGUGUGGCCGCCCAACUGAUCAGCGGUCAGCCGGUGGUGGCCGAAACCUUCGAUCAAGUGACAAUCUAUUUUUCAGACAUAGUCGGUUUUACGGCUAUUUCCGCCGAAAGUACACCCAUGCAAGUGGUGCAAUUCCUUAAUGAUCUCUAUACCUGUUUCGAUUCCAUUGUCGAGAACUUCGAUGUCUACAAAGUGGAGACAAUAGGUGAUGCCUAUAUGGUGGUUUCGGGGCUGCCCAUACGCAAUGGUAAUCAGCAUGCCCGGGAAAUAGCCCGUCUGGCGUUGGCUCUCUUGGAGGCUGUGCAUAAUUUUAAGAUACACCAUCGACCUAAUGAUCGCUUGAAACUGCGCAUUGGUCUGCACUCGGGAGCCUGUGUGGCGGGAGUGGUGGGCUUGAAAAUGCCCAGAUAUUGUUUAUUCGGUGAUACGGUGAAUACCGCCUCCAGAAUGGAAUCAAAUGGUGAAGCUUUAAAGAUACACAUAAGUGAGAAAACGAAAUUAGCUUUAGAUGAGUUUGGCACAUUUAUAACCACCAAACGGGGCUAUGUGCCCAUGAAGGGCAAGGGGGAAAUGCUAACGUAUUGGCUGGAGGGAGAGGUACAGAAAGUGGAAUCACCCAUUUCACCCCAGAAGCUGAUGCUAUCAAGAAGGUCUUCUUUGAAGCAAGUGCCACGCUUUGGUUUAUUGCACAAGCAGAAUUCCGAUGCAGCACAAUUCCUGCCGCCCUAUCAGCUGCAGGCCCAGCAGCAGCAGCAAAUGGUCGAUAGUCGACAAAACUCACCAAAUUUGAGGGUGAAACGCAAGAUUUCCUCCUCCUCGCCGAAAUUGAAUGGCAGUGAUUAUAAGACUGAUGAUUUAUACAAUUAUCUGGAAGCAAGUGCUAAAGGUGUUGCCAUGAAUUCACUCAAAUUACCCGCAAAUGAUAUUUACAGCAGCCGUUCGCUGAGAGACGAUCCCAAGGAGGGUUGUUGGGAAAUGGCCAACUUUAGAUUGCCCCUCUCGGGCACCCUAAAGUCCCACAAUAGUGCCAAGCACAGUUAUACCCAACUGGCCUCUACACAGUCAAAUUCAAAUUUGUCCGGUCUGCUGCAACCAGCUGCCUCCAGAUUGAGAUUAAAGAAUUCCCCCACCAUAACCAGCCUAAUGAAUACUAGCGAAACGGCCAGUUUGAAUAGUGCAAAUCGUAUUAAAUUUAAUAUAAGUGAAAAUCCCGAAGAAACUCAAACUCUAGUAUCCAGCCAUGUCUAUGAAGACGAGGAGGGUGAGGCCGAGGCAGAAGAAACUGAGGAAGAGUUAGAUGCCCCGGUUAGCGAUAAUAAGCCAGAGUUAAUACAAAACUCUAACACUUUAAAUGGCGAUAAUUAUUUAGUUAAUCACAAAUCCUAUAUGGACAACAAUCAUCAUCAGCAGCAGCAGCCUCCUCAAAUUACUAGUUUUAAUAAUUGUAAUAACACAACCACUAGUCAAUAUCAAAAUUUAGUUAAAGCCAACAAUUGUAGAAAUUUUCAAUUGCUGCAAAAACCAGCCAAUGGUUUGGAGGAAGACAGCAGCAGCUUGCCACCAAAUUUAAGCACUAACCCAAAAACCGUAUUGGAUGAAGACGACAAAGAAAUGGUUGGAGCGUCAACAGGUAAUCAUCAGCAUCAUAAUCAUCAUCAUCAAGCAGCAGUUAAUGCCGUUACACAACCGUUACUGACUAAAAUUAAUUCAUAGUAAUAAAUGUAUGUAAAUUAAAUGCACCAGCGAUUUUGGCAAAUCUAAUUCAGAAUACAACUCUAACUGAUAAAAUUGCAGUGUUGUAUUUCUUUAACUUAGUGAUACAUUAAUUUGUAAGCAUAUAAAUAUAGUUAAUUUUUAUUACUUAAAAACUCUAUUUAAAACUAUGUAUUUCCUAAAAUUACUUUAAAAUAAAAUACAUAUUUUUGUUUAAUUAACUUUCAGUAUCAAAUAUAAGAAAAAAAUUCAGCUAAAAAUUAAAUAUAUGGUUUUAAAAACUCUUUUAAAAAUUUAAUACAGUAUUUAGUUAAAAAUUUCCCGAUUCAAAAUCUUUAAAUCUAAUUAGUUUGUAUUACAAGUAAAGUUUUCAAAAUCUUAAAACCAACAAUGUUCCUUGUUAAACAUGAUUAUUUUAUAAUUUUGUUUUCUGUAGCAAAUAAUAUUAAGAAAAGAUUAAAGAAUAUGUCAAAAUAUUAAAAAUAAAAUGUUGUAAAUUCUUUUGUAAAUAAAUUUCGGUAGUUUUUAAAAGAAAGAAAUAUUUAAAAUUAUAUAUACCUACAUUUAAUUAAAAAAAAUAAAAGAAAAAAUGUUAAGUAUUAGAAGAAAAAAAAAUCGCACAAUAAAUUC